UCUACAGAGCAGUCAACAUCGCAGAUAUGUCGAAUGUCCAAGAAAGUUCAAUGGAAUAUGAAUGGAUGUGGUAUUAUGUGAGAAAAGAUACGGAGAAUGAAAUAUGUAAUAUUUGUGAUGAGAAAUAUGAUUUGUGUCAUAUUCAAUGUUUGGAACAACAUAUCAAUGAAGAUCAUUCUGAUAUUCCUAAUAAAUCGGAAAAGAGACCUUUUUCUAUAUUAGGGAACGGCGGAGUAAAAUGUAAUCAUUGUUCUCAAAUUUAUAUGCCAUCCUUGAAUCCAAGUGUGGAGAUGCAAAAUCACAUGACACAAAAACAUAAACUUAACAAUGAUAUAGCUAAUGAACUUAAAAACUGGGUAAACGACCAACUUCAUUCAAUUCAGAAAUGCGAGGCUUGCGAAAAAUUUGAGAAAUUGAAUAUUUUCAAUGUAAUAGUACAUUUAUACAGAAUUCAUGAUGUCACUGUACCUCCAAAAUUUAUACCAACAGGCUUAAAGGAUUGUACAUGGAUGUGGUAUUAUUUAAGAAGUGAUACGACAAAUGAAAUAUGCAAUAUCUGUAAUAAGCAAUAUAAUACCAUUUCACACCGUUUCAACAUGAUUAGGCUAUUCUUGAAUCCAAGUUUGAAGACGCAAAAUCAUUUGACAAAAAUACAUAAGCUUAACGAUGAUAUAGCUAAUAAACUCAAAAUCUGGGUAAAUCAGCAACUAGGUAUAAUUAAGAAAUGUGAGACUUGCAAACAAUUUGAGAAAUUCGAUAUUUUCAGUUUAAUGGUACAUUUACACAGAAUGCAUGAUGUCACUGUACCUCCAGAAUUUAUACCAACAGACUUAAAGGAUUGUAUGUGGAUGUGGUAUUAUUUAAGAAGUAAUACGGAGAAAGAAAUAUGUAAUAUUUGUCAUGAUACAUAUAUCAAUGCACACCAUUGCAGCAUAAGUGGCCAUUUUUCAUAUUCACAUUCUAAGUCAUAUAUAUGUUUAGAAAAGUAUCGUACUUGUACUCUUACUAAAACCAACGGAGUAAAAUGUAAUUUUUGUCCUAGAAUUUAUAUGCCAUCCAUGAUUCCGGGUAUGCAUACACAAAAACACCUUAGAAAUCUACAUGAGCUUAACGAAGAUAUAACUAAUGAAAUCAAAAUCUGGGUAAAUCAGCAACUAGAUAAAAUUAAGAAAUGUGAGACUUGCGAAAAAUUGGAUAUUUUCAAUUUAAUGGGACAUUUAUACACGAUUCAUGGUGUCAUUGUACCUUCAAAAUUUAUACCAACAGACUUUAAGGAUUGUGCAUGGAUGUGGUAUUAUUUGAGAAGUGAUACGACAAAUGAAAUAUGCAAUAUCUGUAAUAAGCAAUGUAAUACCAUUUCACCCCGUUUCACCGUUAGCCCAUUAUUCUUGAAUCCAAGUUUGGAGAUGCAAAAUCACCUGACAAAAAUACAUGAGCUUAACGAAGAUAUAGCUAUUAACUCCAAAUCUGGGUAAAUCAGCAACUUGAUAGAGUUGAGAAAUGUGAGACUUGCAAACAAUUUGAGAAAUUCGAUAUUUUCAAUUUAAUGGGACAUUUAUACACAAUUCAUAAUAUCAUUGCACCUUCAGAAUUUAUACCAAUAGACUUUAAGGAUUGUGCAUGGAUGUGGUAUUAUUUGAGAAGUGAUACGACAAAUGAAAUAUGCAAUAUCUGUAAUAAGCAAUGUAAUACCAUUUCACCCCGUUUCACCGUUAGCCCAUUAUUCUUGAAUCCAAGUAUGGAGACGCAAAAUCACCUGACAAAAAUACAUAAGCUUAACGAAGAUAAAGCUAUUAAACUCCAAAUCUGGGUAAAUCAGCAACUUGAUAGAGUUGAGAAAUGUGAGACUUGCGAACAAUUUGAGAAAACGGAUAUUUUCAGUUUAAUGGUACAUUUACACAGAAUUCAUGAUGUCACUGUACCUCAAAAAUUUAUGCCAAAAGGCAGCAAUCAGCAGCCAACUCGUAGAUCUUUGAGAAUUAACGUUUAGAAUUUUGGUUCCAAUAAAGUUCUGAUAGGUCAGUGGACUCUACUGAAGAAGAUAAUUGGGCUGAUUAUAUACGUAAUUAUUAUACCUCUUUUUCGAUUUUACAUAAAGCGAUAUAACACAAACUUAUAAAUGAAUCGAUUGUGUUGCGAAUUCAUAAUUUUCUAAUUAUCUACAUAUCAAGCAUCGACAGAGUGAAAUUUUUAUUUUCCAUAUUUUUUUAAAAUACUUUUUAGAAUAUUUUCUAAAAAUUAUUUAUUAUUUGUACUUGAAUAAUAGUUGUCUUACACAUUAAACAUUUUACAUACUUAUAUGAACAAGAAUUUAUAUUGGUAUUGAUUAAUUCAGUAAUUGCUAUUGUUAUGAUUGUGUGAAAAUUAUCAAAUAUUUUGCUAAUAUUUUUGAAGAUAUUGCACUCUGUGCUGAUAGUAAAAAAAUUGAUUCGAUUUAUAGCAUCGAAGUCGAUAAGUUAUUUGAAUGUAUAGUGGAGAAAAAAGUGAUUCAAUGUUAUCUAAUGAAUAAUUAUUCACACUGCUUUUUUAAUGUAAUAUAAAGCGAAAUAGUUCGAAAUUAUAAUGAUGAAUGUUUUGCGAA